UGUGGCCGCGCGGACACGCCGCGCAGCCGCUUGUGUCGCGUGAGUGAAACCGACGUGCAACUGAUUUUCUGGAGGCUUCGCUGUAAUGAGUUAACGGCAGCGAGAGAAACGAGGAGAAAAACACAAACGCCGGGUGAAAUAAGUUUUCACUAAAAUGAGAGGAACCUGCCUGACGGCAGCAGAGACAACUGAACUUGCCCCGGAGAAGAGCUAACCCACGAAUGGCCUGCCAGUCUGUCGCUGCAGUCAUGGACGAGCAGGCUCUGCUGGGGCUCAACCCGAACGCUGACGCCCGCUACAGGCAGAGGGCGAUGGUGUACUUUGAGCAGCUGAAGGAGUCUCACGAUGCCUGGGAAGUUUGUGCCGAGGCGCUUGCGAAAGGGAUUUACAAUGACGACCACGUGAAGUUUUUCUGCUUCCAGGUGCUGGAGCAUCAGAUCAAGUUCAGACACGCCGGCCUGAGCGCCGCUCAGCAGCAGCUGAUCAGAGAGACACUGAUGAAGUGGCUCCAGUGUCAGCUGAUGAACGCUCAGCCAGAGAAGCCCUUCAUUAGGAACAAGGCGGCUCAGGUGUUUGCGCUCACCUUCGUCAUGGAGUACCUGACGCUGUGGCCCAAGUUCUUCUUCGAUGUCUUGUCUCUAGUCGGACUCAACCCGCACGGCGUGGACAUCUACCUCAGGACACUGAUGGCCAUCGACGCCGAGGUGGUCGACAGAGACAUCCUGCACUCACCUGAGGUGAUGUGGCGUGUCCGUCCCCAGGAGACUCGGAGAAACACUCUGAUCAAAGACAGCAUGAGGGAGCAGUGCAUCCCCAGCCUGGUGGAGUCCUGGUUCCAGAUCCUGCAGACGUACCAGCUGACUCACUUCGAGCUCACCUGCCAGUGUCUGGAGGUGGUCGGAGCCUUCGUGUCCUGGAUCGACCUCAACCUCAUCGCCAACGACCGGUUCGUGAACCUGCUGCUGAGUCAGAUGUCGGUGGAGGCGCUCAGAGAGGAAGCCUGCGACUGCCUGUUUGAAAUCGUCAACAAAGGAAUGGACCCGGUGGAUAAAACCAAACUGGUGGAGUCACUGAGUCAAGUGCUGCAGUCGGCGGGAUUCUUCAACGUGGAGCAUGAGGACGACGUGGACUUCCUCGCCAAGUUCUCCCGCCUGGUGAACGGCAUGGGUCAGAGUCUGGUGCUGAGCUGGACCAAGCUCGUCAAAACGGGCAACGUCAAGGACGCGGCGGACACGCUACAGGCGCUGGAGGCCAAGGUGCCGCUGCUGCUGAAGCUGCUGGUGCACGAGGACGACGACAUCUCGGCCAACAUCGUCUCCUUUUGCUACGAAUACCUGCACGUCCUCAAACAGCUUCCUCAGCUGACAGAUCUGCAGAAGACAAACAUUGAGGCCAUCAUGCUCGCCGUCAUGAAAAAGCUGACGUACGACGACGAGUACAACUUUGAAAACGAGGGCGAAGACGAGGCGAUGUUCGUGGAGUACAGGAAGCAGCUGAAGAUGCUCCUGGAUCGCUUGGCUCAGGUCUCACCAGAGCUGCUGCUGGAGGCCGUCCGCCGCGUCUUCAACACCACCAUGCAGAACUGGCAGUCGGCGACGUUCAUGGAGGUGGAGGUGGCCAUCAGGCUGCUGUACAUGCUGGGCGAGGCCCUGCCCGCGUCUCACGGCGCUCACUUCACCGGAGACACGGCCAAGACCAGCGCCCUGCAGGACAUGAUGAGGACGCUGGUCUCCUGCGGUGUCAUCAGCUACCAGCACAGCUCUGUUUCGCUGGAGUUCUUUGAAACUGUUGUCCGAUACGAGAAGUUCUUCGUCGUGGAGCCUCAGCACAUUCCCAACGUUCUGAUGGCGUUUCUGGACCAGAGAGGACUGAGACACAACAGCCCGAAGGUCCGCAGCAGAGUGGCUUAUCUCUUCUCCAGAUUCAUCAAAACUCUGCACAAACACAUGAACGCCUUCAUCGAGGACAUCCUGACCCGGAUCCAGGACCUGCUGGAACUCGCUCCUCCGGAAAACGGCUUCCCCGUGCUGCUGACCAGCGACGACCAGCUCUUCAUGUUCGAGACGGCCGGCGUCCUGAUCGUGAGCAGCGAGAGUCCGGCCGAGAGGAAGCAGGCGAUGAUGAGGAGCCUGCUGUCGCCGCUGAUGGACGCGUUCCGCCUGCUGCUCGCCAAACUGCUGCAGGAGACGGACGAGGGGCGACAGGUCGCGCUCGCCGACUGUCUGAGUCACGCCGUCGGGUUUGCCAGUCGGACAAGCAAAGCGUUCAGCAACAAGCAGACGGUGAAGCAGUGCAGCUGCACCGAGGUCUACAGAGACUGUCUGCAGACCUUCCUGCCUGCACUGAGCUGUCCUGUCCAGCGGGGGGUGCUGCGCAGCUCGGUCCGCUCCUUCCUGCACCGCAUGAUCAUCUGCCUGGAGGAGGAGGUGCUGCCGUUCAUCCCCGCCGCCUCGGAACACAUGCUGAAGGACUGCGAGGCCAAAGACCUGCAGGAGUUCAUCCCCCUCAUCAGCCAGAUCACAGCCAAGUUCAAGCGGCAGGUGUCGCCCUUCCUGCAGCAGGUCUUCAUGCCGCUGGUCCUCGCCAUCUUCGAGUCGCUGGCGCGUCCGGCGGAGGAGAACGACCAGACGGCGGCUCUGGAGAAGCAGAUGCUGCGGAGAAGCUACUUCAGCUUCGUCCAGACCGUCACGGGCAGCGGCAUGAACGAGGUCAUGGCCAAUCAGGGAGCUGAAAACAUCGAGCGAGUCGUGUUCACCAUCAUCCAGGGAGCCGUGGACUUCCCCGACCCCAUCGCUCAGAAAACCUGCUUCAUCAUCCUCUCCAAACUGGUGGAGCUGUGGGGAGGUAAAGACGGUAUGGUGGGCUUCCCCGACUUCAUCUACAAGAACAUCGUCCCUGCGUGUUUCCUGGCUCCUCUGAAGCCGACCUUUGACCUCUCGGACGCUCAGACAGUCCUGACUCUGUCAGAGUGCGCCAUCACCCUGAAGAUGAUUCAUCUCAAACGGGGGCCGGAGUUUAUCCAGUUCUUACAGCAGGAGUAUCUGCCCUCGCUUCAGGUGUCACCAGAGCUCUCACAGGAACUUUGUCAAGUGCUUCAACAGCCCGAUCUCAAAGUGCUGAAGAAUUAUAUUAAGGCGUUUUUCCAGCGAGCAAAGCUGUAGGACAUAAAACUGGAAGUUGCCCCGGGGACUGAAAAAGACUCUUUACAGGAAGUGGCCCGACUCGCCCCUUCACAACAAAACAAAACCAUGGAACUUAGCAUAGGAGCUGCUUUGCACUUCAGAGGUAAAAGCGUAACAAAGCCCAGUCUGUCUAAGUCGGGGGAGGGGGAAAUGGACAGAAGGUCAGCGGGUGGAACAGCGCCCUCCAGCUGCCGAGAGACGAGCUGUCCGCGUGGACUCGAGGUGAGACGGGACUUGAGUGUUCCCCGACACGAGGAGAACUUUGUGGAACCAUGUAGAAAAAAAAAAGGCUUAAUUUACGCGUAAAGCGCGGCUCUGUCGUAAGAAUCUACGAUGUGUUUUGUUUGAUCAUUGUGACGCUCCUCGUAACAAACGAUAGCUUUAUUUUAGUCGGACCUUUUUCGCAGUAGGAACAAGGAACAAGGAAAAAAAAAAGGGCUGUUGCACCAUUUUCGUGUUUGUUUCCACCGCCGCCUUCCUCGAUUUACACUUUUAUCUCGACCGCUCGUCAUGUUUGUUCCGUGUCGGGAUGAACGGUAGAGUCACAGCAGCAGCGACGUGAUUGUUUUCUGUUUUUGUUCCAGGAAUAUUCUUUCUUUUUUUCUCUUUCCUGGAAAUAUUAUGAGAAAGUAAAAAAUUUCAAACGGACACAACAAGAAAAUGGAGGAACAAAAAAGUGUAAAUAAGAGAUUUAGAUGUUGAAAAUGUAAAUAAAGGUCCUAGUUUAGUUUUUUUUUUUAAUUUACUUGAAUAUAGAAGCUUAUUUCUGCCAGAAAAAAUAUUUAAGUUGAUUAAAAAAAAAACUAGUUAAUCUGUAUUAUUUUGAUAAUCAUUAGUUUGUUUUAAACUUUUUGGAAAAACAUUUUUUUCUAUUUAUUUGACUUUUGACUCUUGUUGCAUCUUUUUUUGAUAACCUUUCACUAACUUAAAAAAAAAAAUAGUGAAAAUGAUUUUGUUUUCUUGCUCGGGCAUUUUCAUCUUUUUCAGCUUGUAAAAAUGAAAAAUUAAUUUGUGAUUUAAAAAAAAGAAUGUCAUCGCAACUUAAAAUUUUUUGUUUUAUCAUUUUCUUUAACCCCUUAAAUAUAUUUUCUUUGAAGGUAAAAUGUUUCUUUCAUGUCAAAAACUAUUUUAAAGUGAAAGAAUCCUCCAAACAUUUUUGGCUUAAUUAUAUAGACUUCAAAUUUAAAAUUCUGAAUUAUAAAUUUCAGCUUUGAAAGUUAUUUCAGUUAACGCACCUGAAGUAAAAUUGUUACAUUUCUUUCAAUUUUUUUGGCAGUAAUGAACUUCUGUAGAAACGAGUUCAUGAUGCCGCUACUUCACAGUUGUUGUGAAAACAUGAAUCUGCCUGUGUACAGUUAUUAUUUUUUUCCCUGGAUACAUUUUUGAAGAUCAAUUAUGCAAAAGCUCGACUGCGAUCAAUACUGUGAAGGAGCGAAAACAAAUCCAGUCAGUGGGAGACGACAACAUUGCGACAAAACAAAAUGUAAAACGUACAGGCUUUCUCUUUGAACUCACACACACACACAGACACUUUGACCUGCUUUAACCGUUCUAAAUUAAAAACCUAAAUUUUUGUUUUAUAUAUAUUUAUGUAAUUACCCAGAGAAAGUGCCUGAAUUAAUGAGUUGAUGAAUUAUGAAUCAAUGUAAUCACUCCUUUUAAAAGAAAAUGUCAGUGAGUGCUCUAUGAUUUUCCUUACAAUAGCUACGCAAAAAAAAAAUUGAAUGACGACAUUACCUACAAUGCAAAUAAACGCUAAUUAUGUAGCUGCAACGCAAGACUGAAGCGACUGCAAAUCUCUUAAAAAACACUUAAAUCUUUCGACUUGGACUUGGAAUAUCAGAAUUUAUGCAAAAAGAAAAAUACGCGGAAUGAAAAAUUUUCUACAACGCAAAUAUUUUGAAAAAGAAGUUGCCAAUUUUGAAAGUAUGUUUAAAAAGUUAGUUUUUAAGUUUAGGUGUAAAAACAGCACCACCCUGUGGUUUCACUCUGCAGCUGCACUUCCCUAGCACUUAAUUCAUCUGCUUUUCAUCUCAAAGUCCAAUGAACUUUCCGAAGUCAGACGAUGAAGCAUUUACGUUUGGAUUCUUCCUUGUUCCGAUGUCGUUGUUAAAUUUGAACACUGACUUUUUUUUUUCUUCAACAAUUAAAAAAAAGAAAAUAAAUCAGUGGAUGUUUUUGAUGAAGAUUGAGUGUUUUUUUUACUUUCUUCACUCAGAGAAAAAGUUGCCAAAUUUAUGAAUUUGUUCUUUGAUGGUUAAAUGUGUGGGUUGUUCUUUUUUUUUAUGCUAAUUUUCUGUUAGAACCAAUAAAGUGUUUACUCAAAAGAGAAAAA